UUUUUAUUUUUUUUAAUUUGCAGGAGGCAAGAAAACAUCACCAUGAACACUCUGAACCAGCAGUAUGAGGAGAAGGUGCGUCCCUGCAUCGACCUCAUUGACUCUCUUCGCUCUCUGGGUGUAGAGAAGGAUUUAGCGCUGCCUGCUAUCGCCGUGAUCGGAGACCAGAGCUCGGGGAAGAGCUCCGUGUUGGAGGCGCUGUCCGGGGUGGCUCUGCCCAGAGGAAGUGGCAUUGUAACAAGAUGCCCUCUUGAAUUGAAGAUGAAGCGAAAGAGAGAAGGAGAGGAAUGGUUCGGAAAGAUAAGCUACCAGAACCAUGAAGAAGAAAUAGAAGACCCUGCAGAUGUGGAGAAAAAAAUAAGAGAAGCACAGGAUGAAAUGGCCGGGGUCGGCGUGGGGAUAAGUGAUGACCUCAUCAGUCUGGAAAUCGCCUCUCCUGAUGUUCCAGACCUGACGCUUAUUGAUCUGCCCGGCAUCGCAAGGGUGGCUGUUAAGGGACAACCGGAGAACAUCGGAGACCAGAUCAAGAGGCUGAUCCAGAAGUUUAUCAAAAGACAAGAAACCAUCAGCUUGGUGGUUGUUCCGUGUAACGUGGACAUAGCCACCACAGAGGCCCUGAAGAUGGCCCAGGAGGUGGAUCCUGAUGGAGAGAGGACUCUGGGUAUCUUGACCAAGCCUGAUCUGGUGGACAAGGGCACAGAAGAGACAGUGCUGGACAUCGUCCACAACGAGGUGAUCCACCUCCAGAAGGGCUACAUGAUCGUCAAGUGCAGGGGGCAGAAGGAGAUCACUGACAAGGUGUCUCUUCCUGAAGCGAUAGAAAGAGAGAAAGCCUUUUUUGAAGAACAUGUGCACUUUCAAACUCUCUACAAUGAAGAUCAUGCGACUGUUCCUAAACUGGCUGAGAAACUCACACUUGAGUUGGUGCAUCAUAUUGAGAAAUCUCUGCCUCGACUUGAAGAGCAGAUUGAGGAGAAGCUAGAACAGACCCGUGCAGAGCUGGAGAGAUAUGGAAAUGGACCCCCAUCUGAAGCAGCUGAGAGAAUCGUCUUCCUCAUCGAUAAAGUGACGGCGUUUACUCAGGACGCCAUCAGUCUGACUACAGGGGAGGAGCUCAAGUGUGGAGACAGGCUCAACGUCUUUUCUACGCUCAGAAGAGAGUUUUGGAAGUGGAAUGCCCACCUGGACCUUUCAGGACAAAAGUUCAACAACAGGAUUGAGAGAGAGGUGGCGAACUAUGAGGAGAUGUACCGAGGAAGAGAACUGCCGGGCUUCAUCAACUACAAGACCUUUGAGGUCAUGGUCAGGGAGCAGAUCAAACAACUGGAGGAGCCUGCUGUCAAGAGACUCAAAGAUAUAGGAGAGGCUGUUAGGAAGGUGUUCGUACAGCUGGCCAUGAGUAGCUUCACUGGAUUUCCUAACCUUGCGAAAACAGCCAAGGCAAAGAUCGAAGCCAUAAAACAAGACAAAGAAUCCACUGCUGAAUCCUUUCUGAGAACCCAGUUCAAGAUGGAGCUGCUUGUUUACUCCCAGGACAGGACCUACAGCUGCAGUUUGAGUGACAGAAAGAAAGAGGAGAAUGAGGAGAAUGAUGAUAUCGCCAUACCAAAACACCCCCUACCUUUUGGAUAUCAAAGUCUUGUGUACCGUACGGAUAAUCAUGCUACACUUCAGGAGCUGAUGUUGCACCUAAAAUCAUAUUACAAAAUUGCGAGCCAGCGUCUGGCAGACCAGAUCCCUAUGGUGAUCCGUUACCAGAUGUUGCAGGAGUCUGCUGUCCAGCUGCAGAGGGAGAUGCUGCAGGUGCUUCAGGAAAAGAAGAAUUUAGAGUUCUUUUUAAAGGAGGACGCCGACAUUGGCAGCAAGAGGGCCAAUUUGCAGAGCCGCCUCAAACGCCUCAUGAGGGCCCGUGCAUACCUGGUGGAGUUCUAGAAAAGCCUUUUACCUCCUUUUACAGCAGCAAGAAUGGUGCAUAGGAAUUCUGACCUUGAAUCCGGUCUCAUUUAUUUAACCUCAAUCCAUGCAGAUACAAGGUGCUGUUCUCUUGCUAUGUUCGACUUUGUUCAACUAACUGGCUCAUGCCCUGAGUCUUACUGUGCACUUGGCCCCCCCUUGUGGUUUCACAGGGAAAUUAUGUUUAAAAAAAAAAACCUGCAUCGAAGCAAAACAAAUUUUCUUUUACAUAUUUGGAUUUUGUAGAUUAAAAAUGAUCAAUGCAAUCAAUUAGCACAUGUAGUCUUUCACUCUCAGAAGUUCUGAAUUCCAGACUAGUUCGCCACCAAUGAUUAAGACUUUCUUCUUUCAACCAUUAAAGGCAGGGUUGGUAAUUUU